UCCGGCCGCUCGUCGACACGCGUUCGCGGAGAAACGAGAACCUUCACGCAACAACCCCACCUUCAGUCCUGCCCGCCUCCUCUAUAAACCCACCACUUGGCCUCCUCAUCUCCUUCGAAUCAAGGCUCCCUAGUCAUCUCAGCCUGCAACUUUUCGCCAUGGGGAGGAGGCCGGCUCGGUGCUACCGUCAGAUCAAGAACAAGCCGUACCCGAAGUCGAGGUACUGCCGCGGGGUGCCGGACCCGAAGAUCCGCAUCUUCGACGUGGGGCAGAAGAAGCGGGCCGUGGACGACUUCCCGCUGUGCGUGCACCUGGCGAGCUGGGAGAAGGAGAACGUGACGAGCGAGGCCCUGGAGGCGGCCCGGAUCGCCUGCAACAAGUACAUGGCCAAGCACGCCGGCAAGGACGCCUUCCACCUCCGCGUCCGCGCCCACCCGUACCACGUCCUCCGCAUCAACAAGAUGCUCUCCUGCGCCGGCGCCGACCGGCUCCAGACCGGGAUGCGCGGCGCCUUCGGCAAGCCCACGGGGAUGUGCGCGCGCGUCCACAUCGGCCAGGUGCUGCUCUCCGUCCGCUGCCGCGACGCGCACGCCGGCCACGCGCAGGAGGCGCUGCGCCGGGCCAAGUUCAAGUUCCCGGGACGCCAGAGGGUCAUCGUCAGCGGCAAAUGGGGAUUUACCAAGUUUAAGCGCGAAGAGUAUCUCAAGCUCAGGAGCGAGGGCCUCAUCGUGCCCGACGGCGUGAACGCCAAGCUGCUGACUUGGCACGGGUCGCUGGAGGGUCGCCAGCCAGGUCGAGGGGUGUUUCCACCCUCCGUUGCAGCAGGAUCUGUUUGAAGAAAGAAGAAAGUACACUUGCAUCACUACGUACUGUUCGGACGGGACGUCGUCACGUCGAUAUAUAUAGCCUCGUAUACCUGGCCGGACUACGCACGCCAUACUUUUGAUGCAGGAGCUGCUCCUACACGUACGUCGUCUAGGUAACUUAUGUCGUCGGGACACACGUCCGUACACAAUUACGCUGAUAUAAUACGGGUAUCCAGUGUAUGUGUGCUGCCAGCCUUACCGAUAUGUUGGUCUUUUUCCUUUUUUGAGCGAGGUACGAUGAUACAUUGGUCUUUGAACGUGUUGUGACUUGUGAGGUCGGUUUAUUCAUAAAUAAAGAUGCGAUAGUAUAUAAUGCUUCAGACA